AUGCACGGUGGACACGAUGACUCACUCAGCUCGGACGAAUCGAGAUAUGGCGGCUAUCCUUCUCAGCCGUCGGGAUAUGGCGACAAUCCUUCCCAGCCAUCGGGCUAUGGAGGAUAUCAAUCUCAGCCGUCGGGAUAUGGCGGUUCUCCGUCCCAGCCGUGGAGUUGGAGUCAAUCUCCCCCUCCGUGGGGAUCGAGUCCAACUCCUCCUCCAUCUCAGUCGUGGAUGUCUUCUCCCACGCCCCAACCUUUUCAGCGAAAUCUGAGUUGCUCAGCGUUUGGAGAUUAUAGACCCAACCUCGACGCGCUUAACCAUCCUCGUCCGAAGACCCCUUUCCAACCCAGCCAAUCUUCUUUCACCGAUGCAGAUCAAGAUGCCCUGGAUACGAUGAUGGGUCUGCUCAGUUCCAGCGUACCGGAUACGCCCGUUUCGACGAGACUCGGCGGGACCGAAGGGGCGGGUGGAAGCAAUGGCGGUGGCGGCAGCGGAAGACGCGGCGGCCGCACUGGCAGCUCGGGCAGCGGCGUUGGAAGCGGCGGUGUCGGCUCGGGCAGAAGCUUCGGCAGCGGCGGUGGCAGCGAUGCAGCGGCGCCAGAAGCCGAACACAAACGGGGCACGCACUACACCAAAGCGGAGUCCAUUGCUGUGGCGAGGGCGUGA